GAUCGGCAGUGGUUGCAGGCGAUCCUCGACCCGAAGCAGACAGAUUGCUUCGCGACGCUGAUCAAGCUGCUCGUCUCGCCCCAGUACAAGGGCUUCGUCGGGCUCCGCUGCGUGGCCCUGCGCGCCGUGCAGCUGAUGCUGCGCAUCGCGGGGCAGAUGGCCGGAGUCACCGACGACGCGGACCUGGGCAUGCGGUGCUUGCUGGAGCUGGUGAGCCGGGAGCUGGCGCAGGAGGCCUACCAGGAGGUGGUCGACAUGGCGGAGCACGGCGAGCCGCUGGCCAUGUGCAACGCAAUGCUGCUGCUGGCGGAGCUGGGCGCCGAGGCCCUUCCCCGGGAGAUGGUGCCGCGCCUGUUGGACCUCUUCUUGGCGCUGCCUGACCGAGCUGAGGACUUGGUAGAGGUGGCGCUCCGCGUCCACGCGUGGGGCGGCAGGCACAGGCACGAGCUCCUCGCCACCGCCGUGUCGCACAUGGGCGGGAAGUUCCUCUGCGAG